AAAAAAAAUUUAAUAAAAAAAUCAAUUUUUUCCAAAAGAAAAAAAAAACGAAAACUUUGAAAAUCUAUUUUGACCAUGAACGUUGCUGAUAUUGCAAAAUAGUCAUGCAAUAAACAUUCGAAUUUUUUUCAUCUUAUUUUUUUUAUUUGAAUUUAAGAAAUUAGCAGGAUUUUUUUUUCCAAAAUUUCUUGAAUUUACGGACCUUGUGUGUUUUCUGCUGUUUGCUGUUUCUGUUUGUUGUGUUUGCAAAUCAUCUUUGAAAAAAAAAUCAAAUGUCCGAUGCAAUCGGCCAAACGGUCUAUUCAAAACAAUGGCUCAUUCAAGGUCUUAUGAAACUGAUCAAGUUUGUAGAAAAUGAAUCGAAUAGGACGACGACAACGAACAUUGGUGAUAAUGAGUCAACGAUGGCCAUGAAUGAUGGUGAUAAUGUCGAAUUUGAUGAAGAUCAAUUAUGUUUAAUAUGGGAUAUAUCAUCCGAUUCGGAUGUACAACAAUGUCUAAUUGAAUUGAAUGCUGCGGAUAUUUUUAUCCAAACCAUAAUUUCAACUGAAAAUCAACGUUUAGCUGAAAUUGCUAUCGGUAUUUUGGGUAAUCUUUGUCAUAACGAUCAAAUCUGUAAUCAAAUUUCAACAAAUUCGUUAUUCUGCUCCAACGCAUUAUCAAUGUUGGCAGCAACCGAUAUACCAUUUUUGAUACAAUUAAUACGAUUUCUGAAUACCGGUUUGAAUAAACAACCAAACAAAUGGUUGCCAUUGAUUCAUGAACAAAAUGAAUUUUUCAACACUCAAAUUGAAUAUUUAUUGGCAAAUUGUCUGAAUCGAGAAUUAUUACGAUUAUUAUUACAAUAUUUAAACGAUGUUCUAUAUCAAUCGGAUGAAGAAUUGGCCGGCAAUAAUUUCUUCAACAAUGAUUCAAAUUUUAUCAUUGCAUUAUGUCAAGCUUGUAUGCAAAUUCUAUCAGAAAUUGAUCAACAGCAAAACGAUAACCAAGAUACCGAAUCGAUUCAAGAUGUACAAUUUUUCUAUAAUUUUUGGUUUAUAUUGGAAAUGAUUACACGUACUAUUGAUGACAAAAUUGUAUCGGAUUGUUUCGAUGAUAUUAUGGAAUUAUUUUUACGAUUUGUGAAUGGAAAAUCAUUUUUAGAUUUUAGUAAAUCAUCAUCAUCAUCAUCGAAUAGUAUUAAUGCAUUUUCAGCUGCUUGUGCAUGUUUAUAUCGAUUGAUGAUGAUUCAAAAUGAUGAAAACAUUUCACAGAUAUUUCGAGAAAAAAUGGCCACUAUUGAUGAUGAUGAUGAUCGAUUAAAAUCAAUAUUCAAUAAAUCAAUGUCCGCCAUAUUAUCGGAUCAACAUAAUUGGCCAACAUCGACAACGAUUCAUCAUGAUACAUCGAUAUUACGAAAUAUUUAUGAAAAUAUUGAUCAUCUUUAUAGAUAUUUAUUUUCAUCAUCAUCAUCAGCUGACUGACUGACUUAAAACAACAGAAGGAAAAAAUUUGUGAGAAAAAACAAUGAAUGAAUUAAUUU